GCUUCUGACCCAGCUGUCAGGGGACUCGGCGAACAGUCUGCAGUUUCUGGAGCUGCUCUGAGGUAUCUGGGAUCCGCUGGGCUGGGAGUCUAGCUCGUGAGGCUCCGGCAUCCCAAUGUCCGUGGGUGGCCCGCCAGGGCGGCCAGCCCUGCUCUCCCUGCUUUUGGUGGCAGCGAUGCCUUUCUCCUGCUCAGCCGUAUCCACAGAUGAAGCACGAGUGCAGCUGUUGAUGAGAGAGAAGAUGAUGCAGCUGGGGGGGCAGCUGGUGCUGACCGAGCAGGAGGAGCUGGCCAACGGGAGGCUCAUGGCCCUCAAAAAGGCCGAGAUGGCACAGGCCAUGAAGAGCCAGAAUUUCCCUCCCAGCAUGCACUUCUUCCAGGCCAAGGAUCUCAUCGAGAAAAGUGAGGUGUUUAAUCUCCUGAAGAAGAUGCCAAAAGGGGCUGCCUUACACGUCCACGACUUCGGCAUCCUGAGCAUGAACUGGCUGGUGAAGAAUGUCACCUAUAGGCCCCACUGCCACUUCUGUAUCACCCCGAAGGGGGCCCUGAAGUUCAAAUUUGCUUAUCCAACACCCCCCACCCCAAUGCCAGCAGAGUGUUCAGAGUGGGUUCUGCUGGAGAAGUAUCGAAAGGAGAUUCAGAACGUCACUGAGUUUGACAACGGACUGCUAAAGAAUUUCACUCUGAUGACUGAGAACCCCGACGUGGAUUAUGCAAACCAAAAUAUCGUCUGGUCCAAGUUUCAAACGAUCUUCUUCACAAUCUCUGGCCUUGUCCACUAUGCACCAGUGUUCAGAGACUAUGUCUUCCAGGCCCUGGAGGAGUUCUACCAGGACAAUGUGCUCUACCUGGAGCUCAGAGCCAUGCUGUUCCCGGUGUAUGAACUGAAUGGGACCAUCCAUAGUCAAGAGUGGUCAGUGAGGACUUACAGAGAAGUGGCUUCUUUGUUUGCAAAAGAGCAUCCCGGGUUUAUUGGAAUCAAACUCAUUUAUUCGGAUCACAGAAUAAAAAAUGUGUCCUUCAUCGUGAAAUCCGUCCAAACAGCCAUGAUGCUUCGAGCCAUGUUCCCCAGGAUGGUGGCGGGGUUUGACCUGGUGGGGCGUGAGGACACUGGCCACUCCUUGUAUGACUACAGGGAGGCUUUGAUGAUUCCCACCUUGCAUGGCGUUAAACUGCCUUACUUUUUCCAUGCUGGAGAGACAGACUGGCAGGGUACUUCCAUAGACAGAAACCUUCUGGAUGCUCUACUACUGAACUCUACCAGGAUUGGCCAUGGAUUUGCUUUGACCAAACACCCAGCAGUCUGGGCUGACUCCUGGAAGAAGAACAUCCCCAUAGAAGUCUGUCCCAUCUCCAACCAGGUUCUGAAACUGGUGUCUGACUUGAGAAACCAUCCUGCCGCUGUUCUGAUGGCCACUGGGUACCCCAUGGUGAUCAGCUCUGAUGACCCAGCUGUCUUUGGUGCCAGAGGCUUAUCCUAUGAUUUCUAUGAGGCCUUCAUGGGCAUUGGGGGAAUGGCGGCCGAUCUGAGGACACUCAAACAGCUGGCCAUGAACUCUAUCAAGUUCAGCACCUUGUUGGAUAUUGAUAAAAAGGCUGCCAUGAAAACCUGGGAGGAGAAAUGGAAUAUGUUUGUAGCCGACCUGGCAAGGAGGCCAAAGGGAGAAGCUAGCCGUUUAUUACCCUAGUCCUCUGCUCUCCUCUGCAAGCUGUUCUCACCUUCCAUCAGUAAUGCUUGAACCCACUUCAGUGUAGUUGCUACCUCCAUUUCUUCAUCAGAACUAACCUCAUGGAGGUCAUCAAUGGCCUCCACAUUGCUUGACCUCUCAGAAACACUUAAACAGUCUACCAAAGUCAUCUUUUUGAAAUAUCCUUUUCUCUCAACCUCAGUGACAUCAACUCUUUUGGUUUCCUCCUUUCUCUCUGGCCAUUGCUUCCAGGGUGCCUUUUCCAGAUGCUCUUCUCUAUCAGAUCUCUGUGUUGCAUUUCCUCAGGGCUUAGUUUUGCCUUUCCUCUGUUCAUGUCUCUCCUUCUCUCCUCUUGUUUUCUCUCUCACUCUAUAGUCUUUUCCUAGGUAGUCUCAUCCACUCCUUUGCUUUUAAAUACCAUUUAUUUGCUGAUGAUUACCAAUUUAUUUAUUCAUUUGGAAGGUUCACAGGAAUCUCAAAACCUACUAUGUACAAUUCUGAACUCUCAAUCUCUUCCCUUUCAACCUUUUCCUGAUCUUUCUCAUCUUGGUAAAUGGCAUCUCCAUCCAUUCCACCCAGUUGCUCUACGUAGAAUUUUUCAGUGAAAUUCUUGAUACUGCUCUCUCUCCUGUUCCCUACAUCAAAAUGUAUCUUGACUCCUCCAUGCCUCUCUAUCUGUAUUGCUGUUGGCUGAGUUCAAGCCACUAUCACUUCUUGUCUGAGUUACAAUAGCCUCUUAACUGAUCUCUCCUUUCUUCUCUUUGCCUUCUUCAUUUCAUUUUUCACAGAGCAAUGACUUUUCAGAAAUUAAAUCAGGUUACUAAUGGCUUACAACUCAGUGCACUUAGAAAAACCCAAAUGUUUCAACAGGGCAUAUAGCAUCCUCUUUAACCUGGAUCCCUUCCAGCAUCAUUCUACCCCGGUCUCCUCUAGUGUACCAGAUUCUGUCCACACUGGUCCUUUGUUUCUCAAAUAUCCCAAACUCUAUGCUGCAUCAGAGUCUUUUUCUCAUUCUCUCUGCCUGGGAUAGUCUUUCUUUCCACUUUUGUCUAACUGACUCCUGUUUACCCUUCAGGUUUCACCUUUAAUGUCACUGUCUCAGAAGUUUCCUAGACCCCUAACCUGUUAAUAUCUCUCAUGGCACCUUGCUUUUUUCCUUCAUGACUCUUAUCAUAAUUUGUAAUUAUAUAUUUAUUUCUCUGUUUAUGGUUUCCCUCCACCAGAGUGUAAGAUCCAUGUGGGCAGGUACUAAUGAUUGUUUCCUGUACACUGUGAACCCAGAGCCUAACUCCAUGCCCCAAACCUAGUCAGUACUCAAUAAAAGAUAUGUUAAAUGAAUGGA